UCUUCUUCGCCUUCACUCUCACCCUUCUUUGUUAAAUUCUACUCUCACUUUGUAUAUAAGGCUCACUUUCGAAAAUCCACCAUUUCCACACACCUUCAAUCACGUUCAAUUUCCCCCCGCAAUCUCCCAAUCCGCCCGAUGCUUUUGGGCGUCUUUCUGUGGAAAUUUCAGGCCGCAAGGCUAAUCAGUCCUUGCUUUUGUUUUUCUGCAUUUAUUGGUUCGAGUAUCAAGGCCUCUUUGGAGUGAGAGAGGCUGGGGAUCAAAUUCUGCACUGGAUUUUUGUUUCUGAUUUUUGAACUGAUUUUUGGAGAGACAGAGAGAUUAGAGGAAUGGAUAGAGGGAAAUUGGUUGUGGAGAGGGUACAGGGGAAGUCAACUCUAACCCGAUGUUUCUCAAAGUAUCCCUUUAAAUUCAUCAACCCUAACAAGGUUGGUGGUGAUGCUGUGUGGGUUUACACCAUCACCUAUGGCGGAGGCAUUGUUUCUGGGGAUUCCAUUGAUUAUGAUAUUGAGGUGGGGGAUGAUUGUAUGGCAGUGUUGACAACCCAAUCUUCUACCAAGGUUUAUAAAUCCAUAGGAUCAAAAUGUUCUAAGCAAAGUUUGGAGGCGAUUGUUGGAAGCAGUGCACUUUUGGCUCUUAUACCAGAUCCGGUAACUUGUUUUUCCACUGCAAGGUAUUCCCAAAUGCAAGUUUUCAAACUUAUGCCUCAAUCGAGUUUGCUUGUUGUCGAUUGGAUAACAAGUGGCCGUUAUGAGACAGGAGAAAAAUGGGCUUUUUCUCACUAUAAGAGCACCAACUGCAUUCUCUUACAAGGCAACGAGCCUUUAUUUCUUGACACGGUGUUGUUAGAGAAGGGAAGUUGUGGGUUGGAUCAGUUGCAGCACUUCCAUGCAAUAGCCAUGAUAAUUAUUUUGGGGCCUGUGUACCAAUUUUGCAUUGGUUUCAGGCCUAAAUUGAAGCUUAUUCAGGAUCAAAUCCAGAAAGACGUCAAGAAACUAAUGUCUCGGCCUUUAUUUAGCAAAGGUUCUUCGAAAGAAACCAAACCCAGUUUUCUUGCUUCUUGCAGUACCUUUGGCCUAAAGGGGCAAGGCGUCGUUGUUAGGGUUGCAUCCACAACCACUGAAUCGAUCUACAACUUCUUGCAGCAACAAUUGGCCGGUAUGGAGAUAUUGCUCGGUGCUCCUCCCUAUCAAUAGAUAGAUCGUAACCGGAAAUUAUUUGAAAUUCAGGUAUCAUUCUCUCAUAUUUUCUUUCUUAGAGUAGAUGACUAUCGAUGAUGGUAGAGUGAGCCGAGCAUAUCUCGUAUACCUAUUCAAGAUUUUUUACUAGUGUUAAUAUCUAUAUUUUCUACUACUUCCGUUCGCCUCCAAGGGUAGCAUCUGCCUUUUGCGUCAUUGUAUUUAAUAUUAAAAAUAUCAUUAUAUUUGUAUAAUUUUUCUUGUACAAAUGUCCUUCUUAAAAUCAUCUUAUUGUU